GUCACAUCUGAGAUUUCUGCUUCGUACGGACAAGAAAAUAACAUCUAAAGAGGACUAGAGUGACUGUUUUAAAGAAAAUUGAAACUCAAUGUUAAUAUUUAAAGCUGUGCACACAGGAAAGAUCAGAAGCCACUACAAGAAAGUCCUACCACAAAAAUAACCUGAAACUUACAUGAAGUGAGUCGACUGAGGAGUUGCCAUGGCAGCCCAGAGGGGUAGGGGAGAUUUUGGAUAUGGGUCGCUGGAUGCCUCACCCGAUGGUCAGUCCCAGGAUCAACAAUUUGGAUCAGGACAAGGCAAUGAAUUUUCAGACUUAUCACAGCAAGUCAGCUCAGCGCUAUUCAAAAUCAGCAACAAUGUUGCAACUUUGGAGAAGACAGUUCGUCAGAUUGGCACUCCCAGUGACAGCGUCAUGUUACGCAACAGAAUACAAGCUUCCCUGCAGACGACCAACAAGGUUGUCAGCGACACAACAACGUACAUGAAACAGUUAGCAACGAUGUCUCGCACAAUGGGAAAGUCUUCAAGAUUACAGGUGGACAGGUUAUCCAACGAGUUUCAUGACUCGGUCCAGAGAUAUGGAAGCGUUCAAAAGAAAGUUGCAAGCAAGAUGCGGUCCUGUCCGCACAUUCCAUCAAGACCCCAAAGAACGGAUGAUUUGAAUCAUGAUGACAAGGCGUCGCUGAUGGAAGACGCCAGGAGGCAAGAGAUUCAAUCGCAGCUACAGCUACAAGAUCAAGAGAUCGAGUACGACAUGGGUCAAUUAGAGGAGACUGAGAAACAGAUACGACAGAUUGAGGCAUCAAUGCUUGAUGUGAAUGAAAUAUUUAGAGAUCUUAGUGCAAUGGUGUCGGAGCAAGGCGAGAUAGUUGACUCGAUAGAAGCAAAUAUAGAACACGCUGGCAGUAACGUCAAAGAAGCCAACACUCAGCUACAAACAGCCAGCAAGUAUCAGAAGAAGGCACGCAGCAAACAAUGUUGUUGUUUCAUUGUUAUGAUUGUUAUUGCGCUUGUCAUCACUGUCAUUCUCAUCAUAAAGUUCCAUUGACGUCAUCCUAGGGGAGGGGCGAUAGACAUCUGUGUCUGCAACUUUUAUCAUGGGUCACUUGCCUUGGUAUUUGAAUCCACAUCACAUUUGGUAAAUUUCCUUAAGCCUGGGUCACACCAAACAAAAACAUCCAAACACGUCCUGAGAAAAUAUGGUCUGGCUAUAAUAUAGUUUUAACUUGAAAUGUCUAUAUGUGACCGUAGUUACUUAAAUUCUGGUAAUGAGUUGGGUCUGUCUUUGAACGGGAUGGACAUGAACGUGCUAUAGUACAUCGAAAUGACGCACCACAUCUAGCCUGUCCAUAGUAAGAUCCAAGUAUGGCAACCCGUUCGAAGUACCUCCUUCUUGUCUUAAAUAUGUUACCACUCCGUCUAGUUGCAGGACAGGACGUUCACUCGAGAAUUUUGAGCAGGCUCAAAUUUCUGGAGUACCUUUCCGAUCAAACCUGUCUGUCCGGUCCAUGGGCCGGUCCAUGAAGUUCGGAAACAGAGUGUACAUUGCUACUAGGUCCACUCUGUUUGCAAACAUGUACAGUUUCAGUCCGUUCGGCUACAUUUUUCAGGACGUGGUGAGAAAGAGUUUGGUGUGAUGGGGGUAUUAGUGAGUUGACCAACCAUGAAAAACAAUUCAACUGUUAUGGUAGCACAUCUUAGCACAUCUGUUUGCAUUCGGGUUCGGUGUAGGUGCACUCACCAUAAUGGGAUGCGAUCAAGCUACAUGAGUCGGUUGUCAAAAAUAUCUGUAUGGAGAAAAACAGGCCAACAGGGGUGACGUUUUCAAAAAAAAUAUUUUCAAUGAUUUAAAUGUCUUAAUUGGUGAUUGGCAUAGUUAAUCUUUUUAAUCAAAACCAUAGUAUAUGAUAUUGACUGGUCAGACAGUAGGAGGGUUAACUUUGUAUGCAUUCACCACUUGAUGUAAGUUUGUUGACUGGCUUACUUCAUUGUCAGCUAACUCGAACACAGCCUCAAACUGUUUGAUUUUCUCUUUCACAGAAAAAGGCUCGACGAACCUUUGGCUGUAUCGUCAUAUGUGUAGUGAUCUUAGCCAUUGUCGUCGCCAUUAUUCUCGUUGUAACUUUGAAC